AUGAGGGAACUGAUUACCUUCUCUGUCGGUCAAGCAGGAAAUCAGAUCUCUACGGCAUUCUGGGAGACAAUUCUUGAGGAGCAUGGUCUGAACAAAGAUGGACAAUACGUCGGUAACGAUCCGCUGGAGCUUUCCAAGAUCAACGUGUUCUUUGAAGACUCAAAUCAGGAGGGAAAGUACGUGCCGCGCUCAGUGAACAUCGACUUGGAGCCGGGUACGAUUGACCACCUCCGCACAGGUUCGUUGGGUCACCUGUUCCGCCCAGACAAUUACGUUCAUGGCGCGUCCGGUGCCGGUAAUAACUUUGCUAAGGGCUUUUACACGGAGGGUGCAGAGCUUUUAGAUGCUGUUCUUGAAGUAGCACGUCAUGAAACAGAGCGUGCCGAUAUGUUUCAAGGCUUCCAACUGAUUCAUUCAUUGGGUGGCGGUACAGGUUCUGGUCUUGGUACCAACCUGUUGAGCAAGUUGCGUGAAGAAUAUCCGGAUCGUAUGCUUGCAACAUGGUCAGUGCUUCCGUCCCCAAAGGUGUCUGAUACGGUUGUUGAGCCAUACAACGCAACGCUCUCUUUCCACCAGCUCGUCGAGAAUGCAGACCUGUCUUUCUGCUUGGACAAUCAGGCACUGUACGAUAUUUGCCAGCGCACAUUGCGUACCGAAUCGCCUAGGUACGAUGAUCUCAACACGUUGAUUUCGUACGCCAUGUCAGGCUGCUCGACUACGCUGCGCUUCCCUGGUCAGCUUAACUCGGAUCUCCGAAAAUUGGGUGUGAACAUGAUACCAUUCCCACGCUUGCACUUCUUUACAUGCGGUUAUGCACCGCUUGUUGCCUCCUCGCUUCAAUCCUAUCAAGCCUUGAAUGUGCCUCAGUUGGUACAGCAGGGAUUUAGCCCUCAUAAUAACAUGGCUGCGAUUGACCCACGCUCCGGCAAGUAUCUCACAGUGGCAGCUAUAUUCCGUGGAAAGGUUUCAAGUGAAGAAGUCGAGUCUGAAAUGCACAAGGUACAGCUCAAGUCAACCGGUGGCUUUGUCGAAUGGAUUCCUCAAAAUGUGCUGACGUCGCUAUGCAACGUGCCGCCUCCCAAGCUCAAACUCAGUGCCACCUUUAUUGGUAACACCACAUCGAUCCAGGAACUUUUCAAGCGUACACACAGCCAAUUCGGAGCUAUGUUCCGCCGUAAGGCCUUCUUGCACUGGUACACGAACGAGGGCAUGGACGAGAUGGAAUUCACAGAGGCGGAAUCUAACUUGCUCGACUUGGUAGCUGAAUAUGAGCAGUAUGAAGCUGCUGGCGUGGAUGAUGACGAAAUGUACGAGGGUGAGUACGUCGAAGAAGUCUACGAUGAACAGGGCGAGUACGUUCAAGACUAUUAA